UUAUUGAUCGGUACUCUGUCAUGGAAUAACAAAAGAAACAUGUGUUAAGUCGCUUGUAGAACUUGAAUUCCACAGUAAAAUACUACUUUUUUCUUGCAUUCUGAUAGAUAUAGACUGCUUAAUAUUAUUUGCAACACAAAGUGAAGGCCAGGGUGUCUAAUGAGUGAUGUAUUUGUCAGUGGGUUUUUAUAUAGAUUUGAUUAGUCAUCGCUGCGUAAAAAGUGUUUAGUCAUUGCUGCGUAAAUAGUCAUUGCUGCGUAAAUAGUGUUUAGUCAUUGCUGCGUAAAUAGUGUAGUACAUAUAUUCGGAGGUGGAUUAUUUGAUUCAGUUCUGUUGUGGAGUGAAUUAUCUAUAAACAGACGCAGACUCUGGAGGGAAAGAUUGACAAUACAGAUGGCAAAUAUAAAUAAUGUUACGCCUCCAUUCGAGGAGACGAAUUUGCAGAUGUUGGAAAAUGAGUUAUUUUGUGACGUCACAUUUCUUACUGGGAGUGCUAAACAGGAAGUGAAAGCUCAUAGGAAUAUGUUGGCAAGCAGAAAUCCAGUUUUCUAUGAGAUGUUCAACGGUCCUAUGCCAGAGAAAGGGGAUGUUUUAAUUCCGGAUAUAGAAGCGAAUGUUUUAAAAGAACUGUUCAGGUUCCUGUAUAGCACAGAUUGCAACCUAGAGUACGAAUCAUCAAUGGCUCUGAUGUAUGCAGCAAAGAAGUACCAGGUCAUCGAUCUGGAAAAGAAAUGUAAAGACUUCCUGAAAAACGAGAUGUCGGUCGAGAAUGUAUGUUGCCUUUUCCAGUGGGUAUCAUGUAAGGUCCCCGACGAGGAGUUAGAAGAAAAAUGCUUUCAAUUCAUCUGCAGACACUCCACGGACGUGUUGGAGUCCGACGGAUUUUGUUUACUUUCUAAGCAGAGUUUAAAGAAGAUAAUCGCCUCAGAUAAUUUGUCUGCUUUUGAAAUCGAUGUUUACAAGGCUUGUAAGAGAUGGGCAAUAGAAACGAGAAGACAUGAAGAAACUAUCGAAGAGAGUAGAACUGAAAGGGAAGAUAAAACGACCACGGAGCACUUGAGAACAGUACUUGGGGACGAAUUGAUUUAUCUUAUUCGCUUUCCAACUAUACCAAAAGAGGUGUUUUCCUCUAUAGUUUCAAAAGAAAACAUACUAUCCCCAGAAGAAAAAGUGGAAAUAUUUCAGUAUUUCAAUGACAAACCUAUAGAAACUCCACAAGGGUUCAAAUUCAACACAGAGCCAAGAAGAGAUACUGUAGAUCUUGUUUUGAUAAAGAGGUUCAUUUAUGAAGGAAACCAGUUCUACAGAAUGUCGAAGGAAGACCAGCACGGUAUAAGCUUCAAAAUUUCAAAUGGAUUUGUAAAAUUGGCAGGAAUCAGUGUUUUUGCGCCAUGUCAACAAGAAAGUUGUUUGCAAGGAAAAAUAACUAUUCUAGAAGGCGAGCAGGAGUUAUUGACCAAGGAGAAUAUCGUUAUAAACUGGACAGAAAAGUAUUUCGAAGAAAUUCUGUUUGAAAGAUCACUGCGUGUUAAACCUGAUACAAUAUACUCCGUGGUUCUUACCAUGGGCGAGUGUUUGACAUACUUUGGGUCCCGAUCCAUAUCUAAGGAAUGCCGACGCCGAGGUAGUGUCAAUUUCCAGUUCUUGGACUACCCGAACACAAGACCUCAGAUGUCUGACGAAAAACACACUAACACGGAGCAAGGUCAGAUACAUGGACUUAUUGUACAAAUAUUUGAUUAGAAACACGGGGUGGACGCAUACCCAGUGAUUUAGUGUCCAGUAACUGUGGUUGAAAUAUAUAGUAAAACGUGGCAAACUUCCAAGUAGGCUAUAUUGAAUGAAUUGCAUGAAUAUUUAAUUGGCAUAACACAAUAUAAUGUCAGCUACGAAUAUUUAAAAAAAAACAGAUAUACGGACGUAUUUCAUUUCAUUUCCAUUAGACAUAUGGAGCAGAACCAGAUCAGACAGUAUUGCAGUAAUGUACUAUGCCUACUGUACAGCUAUUGUUAAAGUAACAUUGAGCAGGUUCAGGCAAACCAAAGAGAAAGCAUAGACAUUGAGUAUCUCUGCUAUAUGACUGAAUCAAUGGCCUCAUUGACACUAACCAGUAAGCUUGUGGUUGGAACUCAUGUUUGAUACUGAGACAAUUUGACUGGUGGAUGAUGGAAAAAUGAAUUACAACUUUCUCAUUUACCGAUAAAGUGUUUUGAAACUGCCCCACUGGCGAAAUUUUGUUUUAUGUAUUUUAGGCUACAUAGGCCUUUGUUUUUCAUAAAAUGUAUACCGAACUGCUCAGAAUAAGUAGAAGUGUCUUUCAAGAGAUGCUGUUCUGUUUGUAAUAAUAAAGUUUCUCUUACACCACAUGUA